AAACCACACCGAAGACGAAGAAGGCCGCCUCUAUUCUUGUCUGAGCGCAAACAUACUGUCUUUCCGUCUGUGGGAGUCACAACAAACACAAUUUACAGUAGGGUAAUAGUAACAUUCACAAACAGAUGUCAUCUGUCUGGAUUCCGGAGUCAACUCAAGAACAUCAACAUCGCAGUGCCCUUUCUGGUAUCGCGUGAUGGUCAAGCACUACGCUUGUUCCGUUUACCUGACGUCCAUCUGACAGAGCGACGCUCGGCUCGUAGCUUUCUCAGUACUGAUGGUGAAUUGCUACUGCUGUGGUAACGGGCGGAGGAGCAGAAGCAGUAGUAGAGGAGCGGUAGUUUGGAAUUCAGCUUUUACACGUAUUAAUCUUACUCGUAUCAACGAAGCUCCCUAAAAACACACAGAAGGGAAGGGAAAAUUUAAGAAAGAUGGCGGCCGCGGCCUCGCCGGGCUCCUGCUCGUCCACCUCCUCAGAUUGGAUUGUACUGAGAGACGGUUGCCGUCGUUGCGACGAGGAGGGCCUGCGAAGCCUUUCCUACCACCCGGCCCUUAACGCUAUCCUGGCGGUUACUAGCCGGGGGAGUAUCAAAGUAAUCGACGGCACAUCAGGGGCUAUUCUUCAAGCCUCGGCCUUACACGCUAAACCUGGAGGCCGUGUUAGGUGUCAGUAUUUCCCUGCGGUAGACAAGGUCCUCUUCGUGGACGACUAUGCAGUGGGCUGCAGAAAGGACUUGAACGGCAUCUUGCUGCUGGACACAGCCCUGCAGGCCCCCGUGGCCAAACCAGAGGACAUGGUCCAGCUCGAGCUGCCUGUCACAGAGGCUCAGCAGAUGCUCUCUGCCUGCCUGGAGAAGGUAGAUGUGUCAAACACAGAGGGCUACGAUAUCUUCAUCGCUCAACUCAAAGAAGGACUGAAGAAUACCUCACACGAGACUGCAGCCAAUCACAAAGUGGCCAAGUGGGCAACAGUGACGUUUCAUCUUCCACACCAAGUGCUAAAGUUGGUCGCCAGUGCCAUCGUGACUGAGCUGAAGAAGAUCAACCAGAACGUCGCUGCCUUGUCUGUGGCCUCGUCCAUCAUGGACAGGCUCUCCUACCUCUUACCAAGUGCACGGCCUGAGCUGGGGGUGGGCCCCGGGCGCUCUGUAGAUAGAUCAUUGAUGUACAGUGAGGCAAAUAGGAGAGAAACGUUCAUGUCGUGGCCCCAUGCCGGGUACAGGUGGGCACAGCCUGACCCCAUGGCCCAAGCAGGAUUUUACCACCAGGUAGGCAGUCCUGCCUCUACCGGUGAUGACAGGGCAAUGUGUUUCACAUGCAGUGUCUGCCUAGUGUGUUGGGAGCCCACUGAUGAACCAUGGUCCGAGCACGAGCGUCACUCCCCCAACUGUCCGUUUGUGAAGGGUGAGCACACCCAGAACGUGCCCCUGUCUGUCACACUGGCCACCAGCCCCGCCCAGUUCCCCACCCCCGACGGCUCAGAUAAGAUCGCCUGCUACGGCUUCGGCAGCUGCCCCCACUUCCUGGCAGCCGCCACAAAGCGUGGCAAAAUCUGCAUCUGGGACGUGUCCAAGCUCAUGAAGGUGCACUUGAAAUUUGAAAUCAACCCCUACGACCCGGCGAUCCUGCGACAGCUGAUUCUGUCUGGGAGCGAGCAGGCCCUGGGGACCCAGGAGUCCAGGAGGCCCACGUUAGCCUGGCUAGAGGACUCCUCAAGCUGCUCAGACAUACCAAAACUAGAGGGGGACAGUGAUGACCAGUUGGAGGACUCUGACAGUGAAGAGCAUUCCAGAUCAGAGUCCGUGACGGGCCACCCGUCCCAGAGGGAGAGCAUGGAGGUGAGCCUGGGCGUGACAGCACUCAGCGUCCUGCAGCAGCCAGAGAAACUCCAGUGGGAGGUUGUGGCCAGCGUGUUGGAGGACACAGUCAAGGACCUGGAGGAGCUGGGUGCCAACCCUUCCCUGGCCCAGGCCAAGGCCGACAAGGCCAAGGAGAAGCUCCCGGAGCACCACAACAUUCCUUUCCCCUGCCUGCUGGCUGGAGGCCUGCUCAGUUACCUUGCUGCCCCACUCCCCUCCUCCCGCCGCUCUAUGGACGGCCCCCUCAGGACUCAGGGCCCCGAGCCUCCCCAUGUUGUGCAUGACCAGGGACCCAUGGAGAUAGAGUCAUGUAACCUCACUCCCUUGGUGCUGGGCUCGCCCAACUCGGCUGCGCCCACCGUGCGCAGGACUAUGCCCGUGCUCUUGCUGUACAGCUUCAAGGAGUCGGAGGAGAAGUCGUCGGGCAAGGUGUUUGCCCAGAUGAACAAUCUAAUGAGCAAGGGGCUGCACGAGGAGGGCUUCUCUGUGCCGCAGAUCAUCGAGAUGGAGUUUGACACCCACGAGCAGCUGCUGCUCCAGGACCCGCCCAUCACCUACAUCCAGCAGUUUGCAGACGCUGCCGCCAAUUUAGCCACCCUGGACGGGGACAAGUGGAGCUCGCUUGCGCCGCGGCCGGGAGCCCUGGUGCAGUGUCUGCGGCUGCCCAAGCAGCUGGAGGAGGAGAACCUCUACGUGGACUCCAUCACGCCCUGCUCAGACGGCGUGCACCUGCUGGUGGGGCUACAGCCCUGUUCUGUGGAGUCUCUCAGUGCCAUCAACCAGGUGGAGGUCCUCAACAACCUCAACCGCCUCCACUCAGCCCUCUGCAGCCGCCGCAAGGGAGAGCUCCAGCCCCUGCCCACACUGGCCAACGGACACGAAGCCCUCGCCUCCGCCUCGCCCCCUCAGACCCCACUCAUCCUGCCCCCGCCUGACCAGCAGCAGCAACAGCCGUCCAGGGCCCUGGGAGGCUGUGGGGGUGGAGGCUACCUGGCCCUCUACAAGCUCAACUACUCCACCCGCAUUGUCACUCUGGAGGAGGAGCCUAUCAAGGUGCAGCACAUCAGAGACCCCCGGGACGCCGUCACCUCCCUCAUCCUGCUUCCGCCAGACGUGCUGGACGGGAGGGAGGACGACAGUGAGGAGGUCUCGGAGGAGAAACCUCCGCGUGGUUUUAAAAAUGGCUCUGGCUGCGGCCAUGGGUCUGGGUGUGGACCAGGGACUGGUACCAGCAGCACCAAGGUGAAGCAGGCAGACGUGGCUGGACUGGGCCACCUGGUGAUCACCACUCAGGCAGGGUACAUAAUGAUCCUAGACCUUUCCACUUUGGAGGUCCUGGCCAAAGUGGAGCCGCCCAAGACGGAUGGGACGGUGGAUGAGAUUGACCCUUUCGUCUCUGUCACCUACUGCUCCGGGACUGACCGCCUGUGUGCUUGUACUAAAGGUGGAGAACUUCAUUUCCUUCAAAUUGGAGGUGUGUGUGACGAUGUAGAUGACAGCGACAUUUUUGUCGAUGGUCCCCUUUCUAAAGGGGCUGAACAGCUGUUGGAGGGGGCAAAGCCCUCCUCCAACCCCUCAAGCCCAGGGAUCACAGGAGUUGACCUCCUGGUGGACCAAGUGUUGGCUGUGGAGAGCCUGACGUCGCUGGUGGAGCUGACACGCUUUGAAACACUGACGCCGCGCUUCUCGGCCACAGUGCCGCCCUGCUGGGUGGAGGUGCAGCAGGAGCAGCAGCAGCGUCGCCACCCCCAGCACUUGCACCAGCAGCACCAUGGAGACGCCGCCCAGCACACACGCACCUGGAAGCUGCAGAGUGACAGCUCCAGCUGGGACGAGCAUGUAUUUGAACUGGUCCUUCCCAAGGCCUGCAUGGUGGGCCAUGUGGACUUCAAGUUCGUCAUGAAUGCCAACAUCACUAACAUUCCUCAGAUCCAGAUCACCCUGCUGAAGAACAAGGCCCCAGGUCUGGGCAAGGUCAACGAGACAGCAGUUGACAGACAGAUCUCCUUCCCCCUGUCCCAUGUCCUUCAUGCCAAUGGGGAGAGGAAUGGACAGCCACUUUUGCACGACUUUACAGAUGACAUUCAGUUCAUGGACAUCGAAGAGACAUCAGGCUCCAGGCUGUGCACCUUCCUAGAAGACCAUAAGGAGGAUAUCCUGUGUGGUCCCGUGUGGUUGGCCAGUGGACUGGACCUCUCAGGCCAUGCUGGGAUGCUGAGCCUCACCAGCCCCAAGCUGGUCAAAGGCAUGGCUGGGGGCAAGUACCGCUCGUUCCUGGUGCACAUCAAGGCGGUGAGCGACAAGGGCAUGGAGGAGAGCCCCAUGCCGGUGGUGAGGAUGCCCGCUGCCAAGCCUCAGAGCAGCAAGGGCCAUUCCCUCUCCACCCUGCUGCAGAGGGCACAAGCCACCAAGGAAAAGGCCUCCACUUCCAAAGCAGAUUCUCCUGCUCAGUCGAAGAAACCUGACAACCUCCGCGGCUGCGACCUGCUUCAGGAGGUGUCCGUCACAAUCCGAAGGUUUAAGAAGACCUCCAUACCAAAAGAAAGAGUCCAGCGCUGUGCCAUGCUGCAGUUUCCAGAUUUCCAUGAGAAGCUGUUGAACGGGCUGUGUAAGGGGGCGGACGAGGGCCCUGGCACAGAGCACUCCCAGAGCCUCAUCCUGGACUGCCUAUGCUGGCUGGCUGGAGUGUACUCCAACGGACCCUGCAGCCUGAGAGAAGGAAAGGAGGCUCUGCUGAUGAAAACAAGGAGACGGCUGACCGACAUUGUGCGGGUGUGUUUUUUUGAGGCUGGACGGAGUAUAGCCCACAAAUGCGCCCGCUUUCUUGCACUUUGUAUUAGUAAUGGAAAAGGGGAGCCCAGUCAGCAGGGCUUUGGCAUGAAUCUCCUGAAUGCUCUGCUGGACAAUAUGCCUUACUUGCCUGCAGCAGCAACAGGUGGGUCGGUGUUCUGGUACUUUGUGCUGCUGAACUAUGUGAAGGAUGAGGACCUGUCGGGCUGCAGCACGGCCUGUGCCUCUCUGCUCACCGCUGUCUCCCGGCAACUGCAGGACCGCCUCACGCCCCUGGAGGCUUUGCUACAAACCAGAUACGGCCUGUACAGCUCCCCAUUCGACCCAGUGCUCUUUGACCUGGAGGUCAGCGGCUCCUCCUGUAAGAAUGCCUUCAACAGUAGCAUCGGCGUCCAGUCAGACGAGAUUGACCUUUCCGAAAUUCUCUCAGGGAACGGCAAGGUAAGCAGCUGUGCGGCGGCCGAGGGCAGCUUCACGGCCCUCACUGGGCUCCUGGAGGUGGAGCCGUUGCACUUUACCUGUAUCUCUACCAGCGACGGCACCAGGGUGGAGAGGGACGAUGCAAGCAUGUUCACAGUGAGCACAUUCGGUGUGACCCCGGCUGUGGGUGGCCUGUCGGCGGGCACAGUGGGCGAGGCGUCCACGGCGCUGAGCUCGGCAGCCCAGGUGGCUCUGCAGUCGCUGUCACACGCCAUGGUGUCUGCAGAGCAGCAGCUGCAGGUGCUCCAGGAGAAACAGCAGCAGCUGUUCAAACUACAGCAACAGAAGGCCAAGCUGGAGGCAAAGUUGCACCAGACCACUUCAGCAGCUGCGGCCUCCGGCGUGGGUCCCAUCCACAACUCUGUGCCUUCCAGUGCCCCCGGCUUCUUCAUCCAUCCCUCUGAAGUCAUCCCCCCCACGCCCAAGACCACCCCGCUGUUCAUGACGCCACCACUCACUCCUCCCAACGAGGCGGUGUCGGCAGCCAUCAGUGUGGAGCUGGCCCAGCUCUUCCCUGGCUCCAUGAUAGACCAACCGCCUGUCAACCUGGCCGCACACAACAAGAACAGCCAGAAAGCCAAGCCGAACCCCAUGGGCAGUGGUCUGGCGUUGGCCCUCUCUCAAGCCUCUCACUUCCUCCAGCCUCCUCCACAGCAGUCCAUCAUCAUUGAGCGCAUGCACUCUGGAGCGCGGAGAUUUGUGACACUGGACUUUGGUCGUCCCGUGCUACUGACAGACGCUCUGAUCCCCACCUGUGGGGACCUGGCCUCUCUGUCUAUCGACAUCUGGACGCUGGGGGAGGAGGUGGACGGACGCAGGCUAGUGGUUGCCACGGACAUCAGCACCCACUCCCUCAUCCUGCACGACCUUCUGCCGCCCCCUGUCUGCCGCUUCAUGAAAAUCACUGUGAUUGGUCGUUAUGGCAGCACCAAUGCCCGGGCCAAGAUCCCAUUGGGCUUCUACUAUGGCCACACCUACAUCCUGCCCUGGGAGAGCGAGCUGAAGCUGAUGCACGACCCCCUGAGGGGAGAGAGUGACGCAGCCAGCCAACCUGACUUGGACCAGCACCUGGCCAUGAUGGUGGCCUUGCAGGAGGACAUCCAGUGCAGGUACAACCUGGGAUGCCACCGGCUGGAGACAUUACUCCAGAACAUCGACCUGCCUCCUCUGAACAGUGCCAACAAUGCCCAGUACUUCCUGCGGAAGCCCGACAAGGCGGUGGAGGAGGACGCGCGUGUCUUCUCGGCCUAUCAGGACUGUAUCCAGCUGCAGCUACAACUCAACUUGGCCCACCACACUGUCCAGAGGCUCCGCGUGUCCCUGGGAGCCGGGCGCAAGAUCCUGCCUGAGCCGUACGACCCCCGGGAGCUCAUCCAGAACUCAUCCACCGAGCAGCUGAGAACCAUCAUCCGCUACCUGCUGGACACACUCCUCAGCCUUCUGCACUCUAACAACGGGCACGCAGUCCCGUCCGUGCUGCAGAGCACGUUCCACGCGCAGGCCUGCGAGGAGCUCUUCAAGCACCUGUGCAUCAGCGGCACGCCCAAGAUCCGUCUGCACGCAGGCCUGCUCCUGGUGCAGCUGUGUGGAGGGGAGCGCUGGUGGGGCCAGUUCCUCUCUAAUGUCCUGCAGGAGCUCUACAACUCCGAGCAGCUGCUCAUCUUCCCCCAGGACAGGGUCUUCAUGCUCCUGUCCUGCAUCGGCCAAAGAUCCUUGAGCAACAGCGGCGUGCUGGAGGGGCUACUUAACCUGCUGGACAGCUUGCUGUCCCCCCUACAGCAGCCUAUGGCGGCUGCCCAUCGCAGGACUGAAGGUGGGCUAGCCGGAGGUGGCGGGUCCCUGGGCUGGCAGCAGGGAUGGGGGGCUGGGGUGGUUCCUGGCCCCAGCACCGGGCUCCCAGGGCUCUGGACUCAACCAGCAACCUAUGAGUGUGUGUCUGUGUGUGCGGCAGGUGUGUUGGACGUCCCCAUGAUCAGCUGGGUGGUGAUGCUUGUGUCGCGACUGCUGGACUACGUGGCCAGUGUGGAGGACGAGGCGUCUGCAGGCAAGAAGCACCUGGGAGGGAAGGAGAGGGAGCGCACCUUGACAGGUAAUCAGUGGAGCUUUAUAAAUAACAGCCUCCAGUCCUCCAGCUCUAACCGCUCAGCCAAAGGCAACAGCAGCCUGGAUCGCCUGUACUCCCGCAAGAUCCGCAAACAGCUGGUGCACCACAAACAGCAGUUAAAUCUAUUGAAGGCAAAACAGAAGGCUUUGGUGGAGCAAAUUGAGAAGGAGAAGAUCCAGAGCAACAAAGGCUCCUCAUACAAACUGCUGGUGGAGCAGGCCAAGCUGAAACAGGCCACAUCCAAGCACUUUAAGGACCUGAUCCGUCUGAGGCGUACAGCUGAGUGGCCCCGCUCCACCCUGGACACAGAGGCCACGGCCGCCAAGGAGGCCCCAGAGGUGGAGCCUCUGCCCUUCACACUGGCCCACGAGCGCUGCAUCUCCGUGGUGCAGAAACUCUCCCUUUUCCUUCUCUCCAUGGACUUCACCUGUCACGCCGACCUCCUGCUGUUCGUCUGCAAGGUCUUGGCCAGGAUAGCCAACGCCACCAGGCCCACUAUCCACCUGUGUGAGGUGGUGUCGGAGCACCAGCUGGAGCGUCUGCUGUUGCUGCUGGUGGGGACAGACUUCAACAGGGGGGACAUCUCCUGGGGAGGGGCCUGGGCCCAGUACUCCCUCACCUGCAUGCUGCAGGACAUCCUGGCAGGGGAGCUGCUGUCCCCCGGGUCCCUGGAUGGUAUGGACGAGGGGGCGGUGGGCGAGGAAGCAGGGGCAUCGUCCUCAGCAGGGAUAGACUCUGACGACUCCCUAGCCCAGCCCACCCCCAUCCCCCUCGUGGAAACCAUUGACGAGGCCAUGUCUCCGGAUAUCAUCGCAGGUACUCCUGGGACCUCCUCUGUUUUCCAAAGUGCUCCACCUCUGUCAUCUUUGGAAAAAGAUAAAGACAUUGACUUUGACUUGCUACAAGACCUCAUGGAUGUUGAUAUUGAUCCUUUAGAUAUUGAUUUGGAAAAAGAUCCCCUUGCCGCCAAAGUCUUUAAGCCCAUUAGCAGCACCUGGUAUGACUAUUGGGGUGCUGACUAUGGCACUUACGGUUACAACCCCUACAUAGGGGGAGUAGGGAUUGCUGUGUCCAAGCCCCCGGCUGUUGUCGAAAAGCCUGGUUCUCAGAGUCUCUCCAUCUCCGUGUCACAAGCUCUGGACGCCCGCCUGGAGGUAGGGCUGGAGCAGCAGGCUGAGCUUAUGCUCAAGAUGAUGGCCACACUGGAGGCAGACUCCAUCUUGCAGGCGCUCACAUCAACCUCCCCUGCAGUGUCCAAGGCAUCCAACGGGACAGAUGAUUCUUUGCUGCGGGGGCUCCAUGGGGGCUCCCCCCCAGGAAGCAGCCUAAUGGUACAGGCCUCCUCCAUCCCCAUGCUGAGUGCCUGCUUCAACAAGCUAUUCUCCAUGCUCCAGGUGCACCACGUACAGUUGGAGUCUAUGCUGCAGCUGUGGCUAACCCUCAGUCUCAACUCAUGCUCUGGGGGCACUGAGGAAAGUGGAUCUGACAUCUUCAUGUUCAACGCCAGUAGAGUGCCCACCAUCCCACUCAACCAAGCCUCUAUCAGCAGUUUCCUGUCAGUGCUAGCCUGGUACCCCAACACCUCCCUGAGGACCUGGUGUCUGGUGCUUCACUCCCUUACCCUCAUGACCAACAUGCCCUCCAGUGCAGCCUCCAGCAGUGGGAUGGGAGCUCAUGACAGCACGGCCCAGCAGAUGGUGUCGGACCCCACGCUGGUGCACGUGCUUGUACGAUUCCUCUCUGGGUGCAACCCCCAUGGCACCAGCCAGUACAGCUCUCAGGUCGGCCCCACUGCCACCCAAGCUAUGCAAGAGUUCCUCACCAGGCUCCAGGUGCACCUCUCUUCCACCUGCCCACAGAUGUUUAGUGAGUUCCUGCUCAAACUGAUGCACAUCCUGUCCACUGAGAGGGGUCCGUUCCAGUCAGGCCAGGGUCCUCUGGACGCUCAGGUCAAGCUGUUAGAGUUCACCCUGGAGCAGAACUUUGAGGUGGUGUCAGUGACCACCAUCUCCUCUGUCAUCGAGUCCAUCACCUUCCUGGUGCACCACUACAUCACCUGCUCUGACAAGGUGGUGUCCCGCAGCGGCUCCGACAGCUCUGUGGGCGCCCGCGCCUGCUUUGGAGGCCUCUUCGCCAACAUCAUCCGGCCCGGUGACGCCAAGGCGGUGUGCGGUGAGACCACGCGCGACCAACUCAUGUUCGACCUGCUUAAGCUAGUCAACGCCCUGGUUCAGCUGCCCCUGUCGGGCGACCGUGAGUUCAGUGGGCGUCUACCCCCGGCGGGAAGCGGGGCGUCGGACAGCAGCGCGUCGGAUGAGGAGAAGGUGUGCGGCAGCAAGGAGGGGGCAGCGGGAGGGGCCACCCCGAACCAGGGCCCUGCGGCCGGAGUGGCUGACCUGGUGCUGGCCAACCAGCAGAUCAUGAGCCAGAUCCUCUCGGCUCUGGGCCAGUGCAACAGCAGUGCCAUGGCUAUGAUCAUAGGUGCUAGUGGUCUCCACCUGACCAAGCAUGAGAACUUCCAUGGCGGACUAGAUGCCAUUUCUGUAGGAGACGGCCUGUUCACCAUCCUCACCUCUCUGAGCAAGAGGGCCACCUCGGUGCAGGUUAUGCUGCAGCCCAUCCUCACCUACAUGGCUUGUGGGUACAUGGGCAGACAGUCUUUGUAUUUCUCCCAGGGCUCUCUGUCCACAUGCCAGCUGUCUGAACCUCUGCUCUGGUUCAUCCUCCGAGUGCUGGACACCAGCGAGGCACUUAAGGCAUUCCACGACAUGGGUGGCGUUCAGUUGAUCUGUAACAACAUGGUGACCAGCACACGGGCCAUAGUGAACACGGCACGAAGCAUGGUGUCCACCAUCAUGAAGUUCCUGGACACUGGCCCAGGGAAGGCUGCUGACGGCAGCCUCAAAGCCCGGGUCCUAGCCUCCGAGCCCGACAACGCAGAAGGACUCCACAACUUUGCUCCCCUUGGCACCAUCACCUCCAGCAGCCCCACGGCCCAGCCGGCAGAGGUCCUCCUUCAGGCCACGCCCCCUCACAGACGGGCACGCUCAGCGGCCUGGUCCUACAUCUUCCUGCCAGAGGAGGCGUGGUGUGACCUCACCAUCCACCUCCCUGCUGCCGUGCUGCUGAAAGAGCUGCACAUCCAGCCACACCUGGCCUCCCUCGCCACCUGCCCCUCCUCGGUUUCGGUUGAGAUAAGUGCAGACGGGGUCAACAUGCUGCCUCUGUCCACACCCAUCAUCACCAGCGGCCUCACCUACAUCAAGAUUCAGCUGGUGAAGGCUGAGGUGGCGUCUGCGGUGUGUCUGAGGCUCCACCGGCCCCGCGACGCCAGCACCCUGGGCCUGUCCCAGAUCAAACUGCUUGGCCUCACCGCCUUCGGCAACACCUCCUCAGCCACCGUCAACAACCCCUUCCUGCCCUCCGAGGACCAGGUCUCUAAAACCAGUAUUGGCUGGCUACGUCUGCUUCACCACUGUCUGACCCACGUCAGUGACCUGGAGGCAACGAUGGCCAGCGCCGCUGCCCCCACUGCCAAUCUGCUCCAAACCUGCGCCGCCCUGCUUAUGUCUCCCUACUGCGGCAUGCACUCGCCUAACAUCGAGGCCGUGCUGGUCAAGAUCGGCCUCCAGUCCACCCGCAUCGGCCUAAAGCUCAUUGACAUCCUGCUGAGGAACUGUGCAGCCUCCGGCACUGACCCUACGAACCUCAACAGUCCCCUGCUCUUCGGAAGGCUCAACGGACUCUCUUCAGACUCCACCAUUGACAUCCUGUACCAGCUGGGAACUACCCAGGAUCCUGCGACUAAGGAUAGGAUCCACGCCCUUCUCCAAUGGGUCCAUGACUCGUCGCUGGUGGCGGCACACAAGAGGAGUGGCCCCGUGGGCUACAUCCGCCAGAGCAGCUCCUCGUCACGGGAGUAUGGCCUCGUCAUGCCCUCUCCCUCCCACCUCCACGGUGUGGCGGCCAUCUUGUGGCACAGUUACGAGUUGCCCGUGAACUACGACCUCCCAGUGCUGCUCAACAGAGAGCUUUUUGAACUACUGUACAACUGGUCCAUGUCCCUGCCGUGUAACAUGGUGCUGAAGAAGGCAGUAGACAGCCUGCUCUGCUCCAUGUGCCACAUCCACCCCAGCUACUUCUCUCUGCUUAUGUCCUGGAUGGGCAUCGUAGCGCCGCCCACCGCUGCCCAGCACCGCCUCUCCAUGACGGACGACGGCAAGAAACAGCACGACCUCAGCAGCGCUAACGCCACCACCAGCGCUGGCCUCACUGACGAUUCCAAACAUGCGCGGCCACCCAUCGCCUUGUCUGAGUCUCAACUGGCCACUCUGGCUGCAGCCUCCCAGUCACCCGGGGCGAUAGAGCAGCUGCUGGACUCAGGCCUGCCCUCUCUGCUGGUCCGCAGCCUGGCCGGACUCUGCUGUGGUCUCCUGGCUGCAGCUGGCCUGCCUCUGCCCUCCACCGCCCAGGCCGAACGACGGCAGCACCAUCACAACCACCACUCCUCUUCGUCAUCUUCCUCUCAGAGCAGGGCGUCCUUGUCUGCAGAGCUGGCAGCCCCAGUGCUGCGUUUCCUCACUGAGGUUGGGAACAGUCAUGCCAUGAAGGACUGGCUAGGUGGGCCUGAGGUGAACCUGCUGUGGACCGCUUUGCUGUUCCUGCUUUGCCACAGCAGCGCCAGCGCAGGGGGAACCAGCAGUGUCCAUGGGCACACGGGAGCUCACUCUGCUGCCUCCGGUGGUGCGUGCUGCUCCCCUCCUCCGCCCCCACCCCAGCCUUCAGGGUCGCGCUACUCUCUGGCCUCCUCGACCAGGGGUAGCGGGCUCACCACCCAGCAGAGGACGGCAAUCGAGAACGCCACAGUGGCCUUCUUCCUGCAGUGCAUUUCCUGUCACCCCAACAACCAGCGGCUCAUGGCACAGGUGCUGUGUGAGCUCUUCCAGUCGGCCCCCCAGCGUGGAAGCGUGCCUGUCUCUGGCAACAUCUCUGGCUUCAUCCGCAGGCUCUUCCUGCAGCUCAUGCUGGAGGAUGAGAAGGUCACAGUCUUCCUGCAGUCACCUUGUCCGCUGUACAAGGGACGCAUUAACGCUACCAGCCAUGUGAUCCAGCACCCCAUGUAUGGAGCAGGGCACAAGUACCGCACCCUCCACCUUCCCAUCUCCACCACCCUCGCUGAAGUCCUGGACCGGGUGUCGGACACCCCCAGUAUCACAGCCAAGCUGAUCAAUGAGCAGAAAGAGGACAAGGAGAAGAAGAAUCACGACGAGAAGGAGAAGAUGAAGACAGACAGCGGUUUCCAGGACAACUUCAGUGUCGUCGUGGCCUCAGGCUUGAAGUCCCAGUCGAAGAGAGCCCUGUCGACCCCUCCUCGUCCCCCUUCGCGGAGGGGCCGUGUGAUGAGCGAUAAGCUGACAGCCUCAGGUGUGGACCCUUCUGCCAAAACUCUCAGCGUGCCUGUCUUCCACCUCUACCACAAGCUGCUACCAGGUCAGCCCCUGCCGGCAGAGAUGACACUGGCCCAGCUGUUGACCCUGCUUUACGACCGCAAGCUUCCCCAGGGCUACCACUCCAUCGACUUGACUGUCAAGUUGGGCUCCAAGGUUAUCUCCGACCCCGGGAUCUCGAAGACGGACUCCUUCAAACGGCUCCGCACAGAGAAAGUGGAACACUGUGACAUGCUGAGUAGCUGUCCAGAGGACGAGCCCAUGACCCCGGGAGACGAGUGUCUGGACGCAGCCAUCGAUGAGUCCCUGCUCGAGACCAAACCCAUCCAGUCGCCCCUGCAGGUGUUUGCAGGCAUGGGUGGUCUGGCCCUGAUCGCUGAGAGGCUGCCAAUGCUCUACCCAGAUGUCAUCCAACAGCGAAUUGAAUUAUUCAGGCAGUCUCCCAGAGCUACUGGUGGUUUGAAGCAGACGCCCCACGAGGGCUAUCAAGUGAGUGCUCCUGUGGUACCCUCUACCACGCAGGAGAAGCCCAAGGACAGCGACCAGUUUGAGUGGGUCACCAUCGAGCAGUCUGGCGAGCUCGUGUAUGAGGCGCCAGAGACCAUGGCCGCCGAGCCGCCACCCAUCAACAAGUCGUCAGUGCAGACCAUGUCGCCCAUCCCCGCCCACUCGCUGGCGGCCUUCGGUCUGUUCCUGCGCCUGCCGGGCUAUGCUGAGGUGCUGCUGAAGGAGAGGAAGCACGCCCAGUGUCUGCUCCGCCUGGUGCUGGGCGUCACCGACGAUGGCGAGGGCAGUCAUAUCCUGCAGAGUCCGUCGGCAAAUGUGCUGCCCACGCUGCCCUUCCACGUGCUGCGUGCCCUAUUCAGCACCACACCUCUCACCACGGAUGAUGGUGUGCUGCUGCGCCGCAUGGCCCUGGAAAUAGGAGCCAUCCACCUCAUCCUGGCCUGCCUGUCAGCCCUCAGCCAUCACGCACCCCGUGUCCCCAACACCAGGGGGAACUCUUCAGAGCCCACAGUGUCCAGUGGUCAUGGAGGGGGCACCAGUGAGGAGCAGCAGCUGUACUGGGCGAAGGGCACUGGUUUCGGUACAGGCUCCACUGCCUCAGGCUGGGACGUGGAGCAGGCCCUCACCAAGCAGAGGCUGGAGGAGGAGCAUGUCACCUGUCUGCUACAGGUGCUGGCCAGCUACAUCAACCCAGCAAACUGUGUGAGCCACGGAGAGGCCCCUACAGGGGAGAGCAGGGGCCACAACAGCAACGCCCUUCCCACAGUGCUGCAGGAGCUGCUCAGCCAGUCCUGCCUCAUUCCAGCCAUGUCCUCCUACCUACGCAACGACUCCGUACUGGACAUGGCACGUCAUGUGCCCCUGUACCGGGCGCUGCUGGAGCUGCUGAGGGCCACCUCCACCUCCACGGCCCUGGUGCCCCUGCUGCUGCCCUUGUCAGGAGACCCCAGCCAGGAGGAAGAGGAGGAGGAGCGCUCUGAGGGACAGACGUCUGUGGGCAUGCUGCUGGCCAAGAUGAAAACCUGCGUGGACACCUACACCAACCGCCUCAGGUGGGGACUUAGACGGACAGAGUCAAAGAAAGACAAGGCGAAAGGUGUGGUGAAGCCUGAUAGCUCAGACCCAGAACCUGAGGGGCUGACCCUGCUGGUGCCUGACAUCCAGAGGACGGCCGAGAUUGUCUAUGCUGCCACCACCAGCCUACGGCAGGCCAACCAGGAGAGGAAGUUGGCUGAGUCCUCGAAGAAGGCAACAACCAGACCCAAACCCAUGUCCAUCCUACGAUCACUGGAGGAGAAGUACGUGGCCAUCAUGAAGAAGCUCCAGUUUGACACCUUUGAGAUGGUCACGGAGGACGAUGACGGGAAGCUGGUGUUCAAGGUGAACUACCACUACAUGUCUCAGGUGAAGAACGCCAGCGAUGCCAACAGCGCUGCCCGCGCCCGCCGCCUGGCACAGGAGGCCGUCACGCUCUCCACCUCGCUGCCCCUCUCCUCCUCCUCCAGCGUCUUUGUUCGCUGCGACGAAGAGCGGCUGGACAUCAUGAAGGUUCUCAUCACGGGCCCGGCGGACACACCGUACGCAAACGGCUGCUUUGAGUUUGACGUGUACUUCCCCCAGGACUACCCCAAUUCCCCGCCCCUGGUCAACCUAGAGACCACUGGUGGACACAGCGUGCGCUUUAACCCAAACCUCUACAAUGACGGAAAGGUGUGUUUAAGUAUCCUCAACACCUGGCACGGGAGACCGGAGGAGAAGUGGAACCCUCAGACCUCUAGCUUUUUACAGGUGCUGGUAUCAGUGCAGUCUCUGAUCCUGGUGUCGGAGCCCUACUUCAACGAGCCGGGUUACGAGCGUUCACGCGGAACCCCCAGCGGCACACAGAGCUCCCGCGAGUAUGACGGAAACAUCCGGCAGGCCUCCGUCAAGUGGGCCAUGCUUGAGCAGAUGCGCAAUGCCUCGCCUUGCUUCAAAGAGGUGAUCCACAAGCACUUCUACCUGAAGCGGGUGGAGGUCAUGGCACAGUGUGAGGAGUGGAUCGCAGACAUCCAGCAGUACAGCAGUGACAAGAGAGUGGGCCGCACCAUGUCCCAUCACGCUGCUGCGUUGAAGAGGCACACGGCCCAGCUACGAGAGGAACUGCUGAAGCUGCCCUGCCCUGAGGGCCUGGAGCCUGACGGGGAGGAGUUCUCAGACAAGAGUGCUGCCCUCGUGGUCAAGGAGCUGGCCAAUCAGGACGCGGAGAAGCCGAGUGGCAGCCAAGACGGCACCUGCAGUGAGGGCCCGCUAUGAGUCCCGCCCCUCCUUGCUCCCCUCCACCCUAAGCCGCGGCCACUCCUCCUCUCAACUAUUACUAUUGUUAUUAAAUAGACUUUGACGGCUUCGAAGCACAAGCCACCAUUUUGUCAAUAUUUGUAUGUAAGAAUCUAAUUAUGUAAUGGCUGAAUAAAGAGGACAAAAAAACUAGAUGAGAAUGAAACAGCUUACAAACCAACAAAAAUAAGACAAAACUCCAAACUAUGCUAUGCCCUUAAGGAAACAGUCGACAAACAAAUUACCUUUUUAUUUUUACCUGUAUAACAGUGUAAACUGUUUGUGCUUUUUUUUUUUCAAUUGUGAAAUAACCACUGAUUGGUAUGUUAUUAAAUUUGUUUAUGUAUACAUAAUGACAGAGGAAAUCACUGAAUAUAUAAGGGAACUAGCCUACCAUUAGAGAAUAAUGUUUACUGAAUGUUCAUUUCAAUUGUUUGGACUGUUAGUGCAAGGACAGUUGUAACCAGGAAUAUAUUGGUCGUUCUUUAAGUAUACUAUUUAAAAGAAAACAUACACUUUCCUGAAUUUGAGAAAUCUUCUGGUUGCCCAUUGACAUCGCUUUUUUGAUUUCUACAGGAUCCUGUAAACUUCAAUAAAGGCUGAAAUAUACAUUCUUAAUUGCAACGAUUACUUGUUACCCUUUUUACAGGCUGUUCAAAAACGCUAUGAGCAAGUUUUUUUUUGCCUCUAAAUCUCAAUGCAAGUUUAAUAAAUGCAACCUGUUUUACUUUU